GUAUCAGCUUCUUCUUCUUGUCUCCUUCUCUCCCCCUUCACUUUACAGACACAGAAAGAGACAACAAAUUAAGAAAUGCCAAUGGAUGGUGGAAGAGAAAGCCCAAAUGAAAGGUCACCAAACGGCUCUGAAACAACCAAAAAUUGUCGAGAUUUGGAGUCUCUAAUGUCUUCCUGCUAUCCCAUCACUCUCAAGUUCGUGGACAUCUGUUACCGAGUAAAGCUGGAGAGCAAGAGCAGCGGCAGUACCCAUUGCGGCGUUCGAGGGUUUCUGGGUGGUCCAACCAGAAAAGACCGGACCACAAGCACCCCCGAGGAACGAACCAUCCUAAAUGGGAUUACGGGAAUGGUUUCCCCAGGAGAGAUUUUAGCCAUCCUCGGCCCUUCCGGAAGCGGUAAAUCAACGCUUCUCAAUGCUCUCGCAGGUAGAGUCCAUGGUCCGGGUUUCACCGGAACGGUCCUCGACAACGGCCAGAAACGCAACAAAUCGGUUCAGAGACGAACCGGGUACGUCACCCAAGACGACGUCCUCUACCCUCACCUUACCGUCCGUGAAACUCUAGUCUUCUGCUCGUUACUCCGAUUGCCUGACUCGUUGUCCAAGAACGAGAAAAUCCGAGUGGCCCAGUCAGUGAUAACAGAACUCGGACUCUGCAAAUGUGAGAACACAAUAAUAGGAAAUAGCUUCAUUAGAGGAGUCUCGGGUGGGGAGAGGAAACGAGUCAGUAUUGGACAUGAGAUGCUGUUGAACCCGAGUUUGCUACUACUGGAUGAGCCCACCUCGGGGCUCGACUCAACCGGGGCGCACCGGUUGGUGUCGGCAUUGGAGUCUUUGGCUCAGAAGGGUAAGACCAUAGUCACAUCCAUGCACCAACCGUCGAGCCGAGUUUACCAGAUGUUUGACUCGGUUCUCCUCUUGUCGGAAGGAAGGUGUAUUUACUACGGCAAGGCGUCCGAUGCCAUGGAUUAUUUCGGGUCAAUCGGGUUCUCGUCGUCAUUCCAUGUCAAUCCCGCCGAUUUUCUUGUUGAUCUCGCAAAUGGAGUUUUUCAAACUGAUGGCACUAGUGAGACAGAUAAACCUAACUUAAAGCAAACUCUUAUCUCCUCAUACAACAAUUUGUUAGCUCCCAAGGUGAAGGCUGCCUGCCUGGAUACAAGCCCUAUCAUGACAAAUGGAGUGAAAACCAAAAUGGCAUUUGAGAGCCAUGGAUCAAAGUCACCAAACAAAGAAUCUCGAAGAAGUAUUUAUAGUAGCAGCAACAGUGGUUGGUUCAACCAAUUCACUAUCCUCCUUCAGAGAAGCCUAAAAGAGAGGAGGCAUGAAUCAUUCAACUCACUAAAAGUCUUCCAAGUUAUAAUAGCUGCAGUAUUAGCUGGUGGAAUGUGGUGGCACUCUGACAUUCGCGACAUUCAAGACCGUCUUGGUCUCCUCUUUUUCAUUGCCAUCUUCUGGGGUGUAUUACCUGCAUACAACUCUGUUUUCACAUUCCCUCAAGAACGUGCCAUCUUCAUGAAGGAGCGGUCCUCGGGCAUGUACACUCUAUCCUCUUACUUCAUGGCUCGAUCUGUGGGAGAUAUCCCUAUGGAGCUCAUUUUGCCUAUGGUAUUCACCACCAUUGCUUAUUGGAUGACUGGGUUAAAGCCUGAGCUGGGAGCAUUCCUUUCAACGCUGGCAGUGUUGCUAGGCUAUGUACUGGUGGCUCAGGGGCUGGGCCUUGCACUUGGUGCGAUCAUCAUGGAUGCCAAACAGGCAUCAACGGUUGCUACAGUUACAAUGCUGGCAUUUGUGCUCACAGGAGGCUUUUAUGUGCACAAGAUACCUGCUUGCAUGGCCUGGAUCAAGUAUACUUCGAUUACAUUCUACUGCUAUAAGCUCUUGAUCUAUAUUCAAUAUGGGGAAGGCCACUCAAUCUGGUUUCUAUUGGGUUGCUCACAAGGGAGCAACAGGUACAGCUUAAGUUGCAGGUUUGUGGAGGAGGAUUUGGAAGGACAAAUCCAUCCAAUUGUCAACAUUGGCAUAUUGAUUAUCAUGUUUGUGGGCUAUAGGUUAAUAGCAUACACUGCAUUAAGGCGUAUCAAAGUCUGAAACAGUUAACAAUGAUGAAGAUAUUGGAAAAGCUUCUUCCUAGGGUUAUUCUGAACCAGUUGCAGCUUGGUGAUGCAAUGUAUUGAAAUUGAAUUUUUCUUUCA